GUUAAGGAGCGCGGCGGGCGGCGGCGCCCUGCGAGCGCUCCCUCCUGCCGCGGUGGCCGGUAGUGUGAAAUCAUGGCUAUCCUGUUCGCUGUUGUGGCGAGGGGCACAACCAUCCUUGCCAAACAUGCCUGGUGUGGAGGAAACUUCCUGGAGGUGACAGAGCAGAUCCUGGCGAAAAUACCAUCUGAAAACAACAAACUGACCUAUUCACAUGGGAAUUAUCUGUUUCAUUACAUCUGCCAAGACAGGAUUAUAUACCUCUGCAUCACAGAUGAUGACUUUGAACGAUCCAGAGCCUUCAACUUCCUGAAUGAAAUCAAGAAGAGGUUUCAGACCACGUAUGGCUCAAGAGCACAGACAGCCCUUCCCUAUGCAAUGAACAGUGAAUUCUCAAGUGUCUUAGCUGCACAGCUGAAGUACCACUCGGAGAGCAAGGGCACUGACCAGGUGGCAGAGACGCAAGCUCAAAUCGAUGAACUUAAAGGAAUCAUGGUUCGAAACAUAGACCUUGUGGCACAAAGAGGAGAGAAGCUGGAGUUGCUGAUCGAUAAAACGGAGAAUCUUGUGGAUUCGUCAGUCACUUUCAAAACUACCAGCAGGAACCUUGCUAGAGCCAUGUGUAUGAAGAACCUCAAGCUUACCAUCGUCAUCAUCAUUGUAUCAAUUGUUAUCAUCUAUAUCAUUCUGUCGGCUGCCUGUGGUGGGCUUGCGUGGCCAAGCUGUGUGCAGAAGUAACUGGAGGCAGCUGGUGCUGGUCACUUGGAGAUGAGAAUCACAGGAGCGUGAAGAAGCAACCUACAGAAUAACUCUUAAUCUUUCACUACUGACACCUCCUCAUUCUUCCAUCCCUCCAGGACUUCAGACUUUUUUGCCUUAUCACCCCAAACAGGCCCAGCUGGUCACUGCUUCUGUGCAGCUGGAACCGCAAGAAUGGGCUGUUUUAAAUUACUUGAAGGGAUUUUUUUUUUUUUUUUCGUUUUUUGUUUCUUUUUCUGUCCCAACUACAACCUUCUCAGCUGGCUGGGCGACACGUCCGGCUCCGGAGGGUUACGUGCAUGCUCGCCCGUGUGUCCGUGUAGCUUUGCACUUCCAUGUGAGCGUGCACGUGGAGAACAGUACUGCUAGCAACUGUCCUACCCGCGGGGAUGGUGUCGGAGGGUGGUUCGGGGGGGGCUGAGCCAAACUAACAGGGGAGGGACAGGAUGGGUGUAGGUGUGAAUUUCCGCUGUCUACAGAUACUGGAGAUCCAGGUGCCUCUCCCUGCACGGCUGGGCUCGCGUGGUUCCGUAGCGUUGCAGCACGUAGAGGUUGCAAGUGUAAUAUCGGUAGUACCAAAAAGAACGGGUUUUUGGGCGAGGGCUUUGUGGGCUGUAAGGUGUGGGUGCUGCCUCUGUAUGAAAUCUCCCUUUUCCUGGAGGUCUUUCUGCAGGUGGUAGGAGAGGGUGUUGGGUCACCUCGGCAUUUCGAAAUGGCUGCCUCUUCAUCCUCGCUUCUUCCUCAUCUCCCCCCCCAUCCCUUAAUUUGUGGCUAAAUCAAUACAGUAAAGGAGAUGGCUGCAUAUAGUUAAGGUUGCAGUAAUGUAUCUGCUUUCUCACACGUUAUUUCUCCUGUUGUUCUUCUGAGGGUGGACUAAAAUGAAUACUAAUGUUAUCACUUGCUAAGGUGAAAUUGGGGGCCAAUCUGUUGAUCUGGCUUGAUAAGGUGUCAGGUAUCUGCUGCUUGUGCUUCUGCUCUGACGGUGCGUGCUAAAAACUGAGGACAGAGAAGGGACGGAAGGUUGGAGUUGAUGGAUGGUUACUUUCUCUAUGGUCUGAAGAAGAACGGCUCUUUCGGAGGAUGUAGUAACAUGGGCUUCUCUGAAAA